UUUGUAACACUCCAGUUCAGUUGGUGGCGGUAAUACACAAUAAGUUGCCUUGUCAACCGCCAUUAAACACUACAAGAAGAAGAAGCUUUGACUGGAGACUGGACAUGCAGAAAGUGGUCAAGAGAACUGCUGCAUAUCAGGAUCUUCUGUAAAACAGAUCUAAUAAAUCCGGAAGAUUCAUCACCAUCAGGAUCAUCAUACGGUUCCAUAAUGGCAGCUAAAUCUGGUUGUUUGCAGAUGAAAAACACUUUUCCAAAAAGGAAACAAAGAACAAAAGCCAGCAAAUCUUUUACUUGCCAUUACCGCGGAGAGGAGUUUGACCGCAAAGGACACCUUACAAAGCACAGAAAAAUCCACAUUGAAGAAAAGCUUUACAUCUGCCCUCAGUGUGAGACAAGUUUCAAAAAGAGAUGUCACCUUAGAAGUCACAUAAGAAUUCACACCGGAGAGCGUCCAUACUCAUGCCUUCAGUGCGGCAAGAGUUUCAUGCAAAAAAAUCAUCUAACGGUCCACAUGAGAAUUCAUACUAGAGAGAACCUAUACCCAUGUCUUCAGUGUGGAAAGAGUUUUACACAAAAAAGUAAUCUUACGGUCCACAUGAGAAUUCACACCGGAGAGAAUCCAUACCCAUGCCUUCAGUGUGGAAAGAGUUUUACACAAAAAAGUAAUCUUACGGUCCACAUGAGAAUUCAUAAUAGAGAGAAGCCAGACACAUGUCCUCAGUGUGGAAAGAGUUUCAGACUCAAACAUGGCUUACAACUACACAUGAGAAUUCACAAUGGAGAACGUCCAUACUCAUGUCUUCAGUGUGGAAAGAGUUUCAUAAACAAAUAUAAUCUAAAGGCCCACAUGAGAAUUCACACCGGAGAGCGUCCAUACACAUGUGUUCAGUGUGGAAAGAGUUUCAUAUACAAACAUAGCUUACAACUCCACAUGAGAAUUCACACUGGAGAGCGUCCGUACCCAUGUCUUCAGUGUGGAAAGAGUUUCAUAAAUACAAGUAAUCUAAAGGCCCACAUGAGAAUUCAUACUGCAGAGAAUCCAUACACAUCCGUGUGAAAAGAGUUUCAUUCAAAAAAUGUAUCUUUAUAACCACAUGACAAUUCACACUAGAGAGCGCUUAUACCCAUGUCUUCAGUGUGAAAAGACUAAACUAAAAAUCCACAUGAGAAUUAAAGGAAUAGUCUACUCAUUUUCAAUAUUAAAAUAUGUUAUUACCUUAACUAAG